AUGCGUAUGAAGCCUCAUGAAACCCCAUUGAAGCUUUAUAAGCCUGAUGAACUUCCAUUGAAGCUUUAUAAGCUUCAUGAGAGCCUCCUUAAGCAUUCUGAAUCCUUUUUGAAGCCUCAUGAAUCCCAUGAAACACCUCAUGAACCCCCACUGAACCCUCAUGAAACACCUCAUGAACCCCCACUGAACCCUCAUGAAACACCUCAUGAACCCCCACUGAACCCUCAUGAACCACCUCAUGAACCCCCACUGAACCCUCAUGAAACACCUCAUGAACCCCCACUGAACCCUCAUCAAACACCCCAUGAGCCCCCACUGAACCCUCAUGAAACACCUCAUGAAUCCCCACUGAACCCUCAUGAAACACCUCAUGAAUCCCCACUGAACCCUCAUGAACACCUCAUGAACCCCCACUGA